ACCGCAAACGUCGCGAAAAAACGCCUCUGAAUAAAUCGCGCGGCGGCAAAAGUGCAAGGAAAAGGAUUCCUCCUACCUCCCAUAUAUCCUUUACCUGGUGCGAGCUCUUAGUUUUGUGUGUGUGUUUCUUAAGCCUCUUUCUUAGAUCUAAUUUACAGCUCUUAAUAAUUGGAAUAUAAACACUUUUGGAUACAACAGAAAUUUAAUUGAGAGUUCUAAACAAAAGUGAAGAUGCCUUACCACCGACUGAGUUUUCUGGGACUGCUCUCGCUGACGCUCCUCUCCCUGGCUGCUGCGGAUGUAGGUUAUCAUUACCAACGUCCAACGAGACCCACAGCUCCCUCGGCUCCUUCGGGACCAGGAUCGAUAUACACUGGCCACCAGUUCAGUGCCUUGCCCACGAUUCAUCCACUGCCACCGAUUCCGGCACUUCCGCCAUUGCCCACGGCCAGGGUUCCUUUGCCCCGGAGUCGUCCCACAGCUCCGGCUGCCAGCUUUGUCAGUCGCUAUCUGCCGCCCACAUCGCCGCCAGUGGUGUCCACAUAUAUACCACCACCGGUGGCUGCUCCCAUCUCCUCGAUAAGCUUCCAUGGGACGCCGACUCUGAAGCCCGUUUAUGGACCACCACCGGCACUGAGGAUCUCCUCGCCAGUGCCCACGCUGUCCACACCCAUUGUGGUGCCACCCACUGGACCUGCUCCUCUGGCGGCAGGAGGUAACCUGCGGAUACCCUUCGGCAAGCAGGCACUGAUCUCUCCCGGAGAGUCCUACGUGUCCAAUGGCAGGCAGCUGAAGCAGUACGCCGUCAUCGAGAUCAUAGACAACGACAUAGACGAGACUCCGGCUCCGUUCCUGUCGGGUUCCAGCUUCUUCGAUCGCUUUGGAGCGCAUGUGGGUGCACCAGCGGCCAAUGGCAUCCAGAUAGAUUCCCGGGCCAACUCCCUGCUGCUGGAGCAGCAGCAGCUAGCCAUUCAGCCGAGAUCUCAGGGAGGAGCACCGCAAGGUGGAGAUGCCAUAGCCCUGGGAUCUGGAGGAUUGGGCUUUGUGCGAUUGGCCAAUGGUAAUGUGUACUUGGGGUCCGGUUCUCUGGGCUACAUCAGUGGUCAGCAGCGGGUGGCCUCUGUGCUGGAUGCACGCACCCGGUCGGAGUCCACCUCGGAUGCCUUGCACUUUGGCCACGGUCCUCUGGGUGGAGCGGAUAACCUGCUGAGGUUCAAGUAGUAGAGAGGCUAUCGAUCGAUCUAUCCUAUCCACACUACACCCUCACUCAUCCGCUCAUCUAUCUAUUAAAUAUAAAAAUAAAUAUUGUAAAUAUUUGUAAUUAAAAAAACGCCUUUAUAGUAGAUAUUUAAGCUUGCUUCAACAUUUCGAGAUUCUUGUACAUUUGUCCUAUG